AGAGUCUCGUCCACGGUCCACCUCAAGAGAGAAAGAGAGAGAGAGAGAGACUCCGGAAUCCGAGUUUGACAGUAAUCGGACGGUGGCGGUGACGGUGGUGGUUAAAUGGAGAACUCCGACGGGUUCUUAGGUUUGCACGAUUUUCUGGAUCGCAUGCGACAACCCUCCGCCGCCGAUUUCGUCAAAUCCAUCAAAAGUUUUAUUGUCUCCUUUUCAAACAAUGCUCCUGAUCCAGAGAGGGACGGUGCUUCAGUACAGGAGUUCUUUGCCAAGAUGGAAGUAGCUUUCAGGGCUCACCCACUCUGGGCUGGUUGCUCAGAGGAGGAGCUGGAGAGUGCUGGUGAAGGACUGGAGAAGUAUGUCAUGACAAAGUUAUUUACUCGUGUAUUUGCUUCACAUCCAGAUGAUGUAAAACUUGAUCACCAACUUUCUGAGAAGAUGGCUUUGAUUCAACAAUUCAUUCGGCCAGAAAAUUUGGAUAUUAAACGGAACUUUCAGAAUGAAACAUCAUGGCUACUUGCACAGAAAGAACUGCAGAAGAUCAACAUGUACAAGGCACCACGAGACAAGCUUGUUUGUAUCCUCAAUUGUUGCAAGGUUAUCGGUAACUUGCUGCUUCAUGCUUCUAUUUCUUCAGAAGACGUGCCUGGAGCUGAUGAAUUUCUUCCUGUUCUGAUUUAUGUUACUAUAAAGGCAAACCCUCCACAACUGCACUCAAAUCUGUUGUAUAUACAAAGAUACAGGAGUCAAUCUCGCUUAGUUGCAGAAGCAGCAUAUUUUUUUACCAACAUGCUUUCUGCUGAGUCCUUCAUUUCAAACAUUAAUGCAAAGGCCCUUUCAAUGGAUGAAACCGAGUUUGAAAGUAACAUGGAAACUGCUCGAGCACUUCUGUCUGGGAUAUCGUCUGAUUUUGAUGGUCAAUCUGAUCAAAGUGAUUAUAGAUUUGGAGGAGACAUAUCUAGAGCAGAACCAAUGGAAUUCAAACAUCAAUCUUUGAAUGUUUAUAAGGAUAAGGACUCCACAAUACAACCCAAAUCGUCUGAAUCAAAAUCCCGAAGUAAGGAGGUCCCAUUUGCAGAAGAUCAGUUAACAAAAAUUCCAUCCCUCUCGGAUUUGGAGAAUAAAGGGGCAACCAUGCUUUUGAAGGAGGAUAUGGUAAGGCAAGUCUUUCGGGAUUAUCCAUAUGUUUUUGCCAGUGUUGGUGAUCUAACAGUCAACGAUGUAGAGGACCUGCUAAAUAAUUACAAGCAACUUGUUUUCAAGUAUGUUAGUCUUGCCAAAGGGUUGGGUGUCACUCCUCUUGCUUCAUCCAAUUCACAAUCUCAGAAACAACAGCAUCCAGAAGCCACAAAGGAACCUGAAGAUACUAGAGCUGUAAAACCCAACGAGUCACCUCUUGCUUCAUCCAACUCAGAAUCUCAGAAACAACAGCAUCCAGAAGAAACAAAAGAACUUGAAGAUACUAGAGCUGAAAAACCAAAUGAGUCAAACAAGCAAGCUAGGACUGAUGGUGAUUCAGAUAGAGUUACACUAUUGGAAGAAGAAAAUUUUGAAUCCAAGUUGCCACAGGAUGAGGCUCCUCAAGAUGGGGUAAAUGAUGAGACUUCACAAUGAAGUUUUUCUUAAAUCAUGUUUCUUCUAAAAGUUUGUUGAAUUUUCGAAUAAAUGGCAGCCAUCAAGCUAUUUCCUUUCUCUUUUCCUGUGGUGAAUGUGAAACUCUCGGUUGCUUUAACUUCUGUUGGCAAUGAGUGGCUGCCAUGCUGUCUGAUUGGGAGUGCAAUGAGAAAAAUCAGGAAAGAAAUGGGAAAUAUAGCCUAUGGCUUGGAAAUCGUUAAUUAGCAUUUCCAUGAAGUUACAAGGUCACUGUAACUCAAGCUGGCAAAGCCUCAAUCCUAACAUGCAAUGACAUGUACUUGUAGAUGCAUAUUUGUAAAAAGGUUGUACCCAAUGCAUAAACUUUUGCAAGGUCUAGGAGAGGUGAUUGGUAGGUUAGUUUUAUCCCUCCCCCCUCCCCCCCUGUUUUUUGGUAGAAGAUGCUUGUCAUCAUACCAAGGACUGAGUUUUUUGUAGUUGCAUAUUUGUAGAAUUGAAAAUUGAUAAGAAAGUAUUAAGACACAUGGAAUAUCUGGUUUUUGGUUUA